CAUACCCAGAGCUGUCCAGGGCUUGAACACUGGGGAUCCUGGACUAAUCAAGUAUAUGCUUCUUCUAAAGCAGAGUUUGCAAACUCAGAUACCUAUAGAAGGCAGGCCAGGCCUCAUAGUGUACACCUAUAAUUCCAACACUUGGGAGGCUGAGGCAGGAAGAUCAAGAGUUCAAGGCCAGCCUGUGAUAUAUAGCGAGGCACUGCCUUGAGAGAAAAAGAGGAAAAAAAGCCAGGCAGGAAAUUUAAAUGAUAAGACAGAGAAAAGACUGAUCAGCUAGAGUGUAUGCUGAGCCCAAGGGGUCAAAGAUGGCCAGUUGGCAGAACUGUGUGGGUAACCUGAUGUGUGUUGGCUGCUGCCAGGAAGCUGCCAUUGUUGGCUACUGUGGCACCAAAUAUAUCUGGGCAGCCACGGCCAAGGGCAUCUUCCAAAGCGUCAUGCCAGUAGAAAUAGAUAUGAUUAUAGGUAAAGACCAGGAAGGUUUCUUUACCAACGGUUUGACACUUGGCACAAAGAUGUGUUCAGUGAUUAGAGAUAGUCUGUAUGUUGAUGAUGACUGCACAGUGGACAUCCAGAGAGUCAAGAGUAAGGAGGCAACAUAUAAUGUUGCUGUUGGCAAAGCUGGAAGAGUCUUGGUCUUUGUGAUGGGAAAAGAAGGGGAAGGUGUCCAUGGAGGCACACUUAAUAAGACAGCAUAAGAACUUACUUUAUGCCUGAGGAGGUCUGAUGUGUAGUAGUCUCUCCUUAUUUACCUAGCAGCUAUCUUCAU